GUCGAACGGAGGACGAGGACACUACACAGCGGUUCAGCGUGACCCCAGAGAGCGUGGAGGUCAAGGAAGGUGACGAUGUAUUCCUGCGCUGUAUCGUGGUCAACCAACAGGGCAACGCGCAGUGGACCAAGGAUGGGUUCGCUCUCGGUUUCGAGCGCCACGUCCCCGGCUACCCGAGGUACCGAUACGCCGGCGACCCGAGCAAGGGCGAACACCACCUAGUCAUCAAGGGCGUGACGCUGCAAGACGACGGCGAAUACCAGUGCCAAGUUGGCCCUACCAUCACUAUCAAGCCUAUCUGGGUCGCCGCCAAUGUCACCGUCAUGGUGUCACCCACGAGCAUCAGCGUCGUGGGCAAGGAGGACGGUGCCAGCGUGGAGGUGAAAGCUGGCACUGCUAUCACCUUGGAGUGCCUCGUGACGGAUGCUCGACCCGCUGCCAGCGUUAUGUGGUACAGGGAUGGGCUGAUGCUGGAUCAAGACCUCCACGAAGAGCAGCUGGAAGCCUCGACGAAGCCCCGGCGGUGGAGCGUCCGAAGCAAGCUCCUUCUGCGUCCCACUCCUGCAGACAACGGCCAGCAGUACUCCUGCCGCGCCCUUCACCCCGCCCUCAAGGACUCGCCCACGUCCUUGGUGGCGUCCGUUACUCUGUCUGUCUUGCACCCCCCGAGCGCCCCUGCGAUCACGGGCUACGCGGCCGGCGACGUCCUCCUGGAGGGCCAGCGCCUCAACCUCACCUGCCGCGUCCUUGGGGGCAACCCGCGCCCCUGGGUGCUCUGGUACCGGCACGGGCGGCCCCUGGACCACGCCUCCAUCAACCAGAUCCACAGGGCAGAUGCGACCGUCAGCACCAAGGCGCCCAUCAGCAACGUGCGGGAAGCCGGGGGCGUCAGCAGCAGUCAGCAGGUCACGGGGUCGCGCCAGGAAGACGGAGCGGAGUACGAGUGCCGAGUCACCAGCCCGCUCCUCCAGGCGCCGCUCUCCACCAGCGUCUCCCUCACCGUGCACUACGGACCGAAGGGCGUGGACGUGACAGGGCCUUCUGUGGUGGCAGCCGGGCAGGAAUUCGUCGUCAUUUGCAGGUCCUCGCCAUCUAAUCCUCCGGCGACGAUCACGUGGAUGGUUCAAGGCGAGCGCACCACAGCUGGCCCGCCCGUGAUCACUGAAGAUGAGGGCGGAGGCUGGGUCACCACCUCUCGCCUCACUCACUACCUCACGAGAAUGAGGAAAAUGAGUGAGGCGACGGUAGAGUGCCGAGCCCACAAUCCGGAUGCCGAGAGUGAAGUCAGCCGGAAAAACGACCUGGAACACCCGUCGUAGAGGUCGUGGAGGCCGAGGGAGCGGUCGUAGCAGGCAACACACUGGGGGUCGUUUGCACCACCGAUGGGGGGAAUCCACCCCCCAAUAUCACAAUGUACAAAGGCAACGAGAAACUCCCGAUCAAGGUCAUCCACGAGGGCACCAUGACCAAGGCAGGGACGGAAUUCAAGGUCACGGCGGCGGAUAACGAAGCCGAGGUCAAAUGUGAGGUCACGAGCCUGGCCACCAAGAAGCCAAUGAGCGCCUUCACGACGAUCCAUCUUUUGUUCCCUGCCUGGGAGGUCUCCGGAUGGGUGUCCCCCAGCACCGUCGACGAGGACCAAGAGGUCACCCUCACCUGCGAAACCUCCUCCAGCCUCCCGCCCUCCAACAUCACCUGGCGUUCGAGGGGCACGACGCUCGAGGGCGCCACCACCAAGCACACGCCAGGGGUGUUUGGAGGAACAGUGACGAGAUCGGAACUCGUGUUGAAACCGAAAGCUGAAGAUAACGAGAAGGUGUUCGUCUGUGAAGCAGAUAACGAUCUUGGGGUCAUCGUCACGGCAAACAUGAGCCCGUGUGGGUGGCGACGCCGGCGCACGCGGUGGAGGUGGAGGAGGGGGACGACCUGCUCCUGGUGGCGCUGGCGGCCGCCAACCCCGGCCCCGUCAGCUACAGUUGGUGGCGAGGACCCAGCAUUAUCGAGGACAUGGGCGUGAAGGGAGGCGCAGAUGGGCGUCUCAUCCUGUCCAACAUCGAUCGCCAGCAGUCAGGGAAUUACUCUGUCACCGCCCACACUUCUAACACUGACAUCACAGCUUAUUUUAGCGUCGUUGUUCAGUACGGUCCCGAGGAGAUCGUAGCAGCGGAACGAGUGGUGGUCGAUGAAGACAAGAGCACCGCUAUCCUCUGUCAGGCGGACGGGAAUCCUACACCCAACGUUACCUGGACAAGAGACAACAAUAACAACAACAACAACAAUAUUUACAUCAACAGCUCUGGUGCCGUCCUAGCUUCAGGAAUAGGAGAGGCGAGGCUGCUAGUAGAACAUGCCUCCAAAGCAGACACUGGACUCUACCUCUGCCAGGCAUCGAACUCUGUUGCCUCUGCCGCGCCUGUUUACACUGCCCUUGUGGUUACUCGUGGUAUCAGGGAACAGCGCCCUCAUCUCCUGGAGCCACAACAGAAUGGGCGCCGUUGCUACAGGCUUCACGGUCAAGUACCAAGCCUCAGGCACACCCGACUACAUGACGCAGGACAUCGAGGGAGGAAACAGAAGCAGCAUGGUGGUGGAGGGUCUCACUCCCGGCCAGGAAUUCUCGUUCUCCGUUCAGGCCUUCAACGAACAAGGUCGAUCUCCGUUCUCUCAGCCGCCGACAGCAGUCACCAUGAUCGACGUCCUGGAGGAGGUGGCGCGAGGCAGCACCCACGGCAGCCAGCCUCGAAUGCCGCGCCUCAUGCUCCUCCUCAUCUCCCUCACCGGCACGGCCCUCCUCGUGCUCAACAUCUCGAUCAUUGUGUGCUUCCUCCGACGCCGGGCGCUCAACAGGAGCAUGUCAGCCUCUUCAAGCAAAUCGACGGCCUUCGAGGUGUACACGCCCGCUACCACCCCCGGCCCCCCCGCCCCGGACGAGCACCUCCCCCUCACCUCCGCUAACGACGGCCCUCCGCCGGACUACCAC